AUGCACCGGAAAGGAAAAGGCAGGAAAACAAAAGUGGACAGUCAAUUGGAAAAGGAAUUUUUCUUUUUUUCUUUUCUUUUUCUCUAUUUCCUUCUCUCUUUUCCUUUGUUUUCUCUAUUUCCUUCUCUCUUUUCCUUUGUUUUCUCUAUUUCCUUCUCUCUUUUCCUUUCUUUUCUCUAUUUCCUUCUCUCUUUUCCUUUCUUUUCUCUAUUUCCUUCUCUCUUUUCCUUUGUUUUCUCUAUUUCCUUCUCUCUUUUCCUUUGUUUUCUCUAUUUCCUUCUCUCUUUUCCUUUUUUUUUCUCUUUCCUUCUCUCUUUUCCUUUGUUUUUUCUCUCUUUCCUUCUCUCUUUUCCUUUGUUUUCUCUAUUUCCUUCUCUCUUUUCCUUUUUUUCUCUAUUUCCUUCUCUCUUUUCUUUUUUUUCUCUAUUUCCUUCUCUCUUUUCCUUUGUUUUUUCUAUUUCCUUCUCUCUUUUCCUUUGUUUUCUCUAUUUCCUUCUCUCUUUUCUUUUUUCUCUAUUUCCUUCUCUCUUUUCCUUUGUUUUUCUCUAUUUCCUUCUCUCUUUUCCUUUGUUUUCUCUAUUUCCUUCUCUCUUUUCCUUUGUUUUCUCUAUUUCCUUCUCUCUUUUUCUUUCUUUUCUCUCUUUCCUUCUCUCUUUUCCUUUGUUUUCUCUAUUUCCUUCUCUCUUUUUCUUUUUUUUCUCUAUUUCCUUCUCUCUUUUCCUUUCUUUUCUCUAUUUCCUUCUCUCUUUUCCUUUCUUUUCUCUAUUUCCUUCUCUUUUUUCCUUUGUUUUCUCUAUUUCCUUCUCUCUUUUCCUUUGUUUUCUCUAUUUCCUUCUCUCUUUUCCUUUGUUUUCUCUAUUUCCUUCUCUCUUUUCCUUUCUUUUCUCUAUUUCCUUCUCUCUUUUCCUUUGUUUUCUCUAUUUCCUUCUCUCUUUUCCUUUCUUUUCUCUAUUUCCUUCUCUCUUUUUCUUUCUUUUCUCUAUUUCCUUCUCUCUUUUCCUUUCUUUUCUCUAUUUCCUUCUCUUUUUUCCUUUGUUUUCUCUAUUUCCUUCUCUCUUUUUCUUUCUUUUCUCUAUUUCCUUCUCUCUUUUCCUUUCUUUUCUCUAUUUCCUUCUCUUUUUUCCUUUGUUUUCUCUAUUUCCUUCUCUCUUUUCCUUUCUUUUCUCUAUUUCCUUCUCUCUUUUCCUUUGUUUUCUCUAUUUCCUUCUCUCUUUUUCUUUCUUUUCUCUAUUUCCUUCUCUCUUUUCCUUUGUUUUCUCUAUUUCCUUCUCUCUUUUCCUUGCUUUUCUCUAUUUCCUUCUCUCUUUUCCUUUGUUUUCUUUACUUUCUUAUUUCUUUCCUUUUGUUUCUUUACUCCCUUCUUUCUUUCCCUUUGUUUUAUUUCUUUCUCAUUUUGGUCAUGACGCGUUCUUUCUCUUCCUUUUCUUCUUUGUUGUGUCUGCGUUUAUUUUUUUUCCAUUUCAUUCCAGUGUCAUCACUUCACAUAUUUUUUUCUUAUUUUAUCAUUACUCUUUCCCAACAGUAAAAUUGUAA